GGCUCCUGCGGAUUCGAGUGACACGUCGGCGGGCCAAUCGCCGCUGUCCUUGCGUGAGGGCUUCUCUCUCAAGCAUUGGGAGCCAAUAAACAGGGCCUCGCGUGAGACGGGCGAGGAGCGCGCGGGGAGCCGAGGGCAGGUAGCGCUUGUCUCCCUAAUGGAGAGGCGGCGCUCCUUCUUCUGCAACAGGCCAUGGAGACGUAGUAGGAGCUGGGGAAGCGGGAGAGGUGGGGCUGCGUGUGGUCGGAGCAUGAGCAGAAACCACCUACCUUCUUGACUGUUAGACUGACUAUUACUCUUGUCCGCUCAAUCCGCUGGAGCCUGUCUUCACAUGCAGUGGAAGUCCGUAACUCACCGAGGGUUUGAAAGCCAUCAGCUGCCCUCAUCUGGAUUAGCCGGCCAGUCGGAGCCAUUUGCUGGGGAGCGACCCCUAUUGCACGCUGACAACUUCUGGAAGUCAGGUAAGAGCUGAGUGCAGGGUGGGGACCAAAGGUGAUAAACUACCUCAGAAGGAGCGUGAUGUGUCUGCCACCAGAGGUACUACAUUCCAUAUACCCCCAAACCCAGUAGAAGUUAUUAAAAAAUAUAACUCCCUUGUGCUAAACUCAUUUGAAAACCCCAUCUUAGCAGUGUAGGUUAGAGCAAAUGUGAGUCAGAGCGUGUUAAAUGGCUCUUUCAUAAUUUAACAAGGAAUUACAGAGGAUCCACCCCUUCUGGUAACAGCGCACCAAACCAUCAGGGUUGCAGUGUUUUUUAUUGCUUGACUCAUCACCUGUUGUGGGACUGCAGGUGUGCAGGUACCUUCCCAGUUUGAUGAGCCAGUUUGCUGUCCUUUCAAGAAGACUAAUACAUUCUUUUCUUUCUGAAACAGAAUUAAAACUCAGAUUCAAGCAUGAAGAAAUUUAUGGUAGUGGAACCUGUGGUUGCCUUGUUCAUGUUUUUAUAUUCCAUGCCGUUGAUGCAGCAGUAUGUGUAUCGGAAGCUCUGGGAGGAGACCACCAAUUCCACCUUCGAUAAUGACAAUGCUUCUCAUUGCCAUGUGAACCAAAGUGACCCAACUUUCUUGAAACAAAAGGAAGUCCAAGAAAAGAUGUCUAUUUUUAUCUUGAAAACAGACCUGUGUGCGGGUGCCCUCAGCAUUUUGGUAGCCUUUGUCGUCGUAGCAAAUGGAGAACGCUGGGGGCGCAAAGUAUCGCUGGUUCUUCCUAUGGUGGGCUCUCUCGUGAGCAGCGUCUUCCUCUGCGCUAUAUCCUAUUUCUCGCUGCCCCUCUCUCUCCUAUUCAUUUCGGCCUUCGUUACUGGGCUGUUUGGAAGCAUAGCAACCUUCCUCGGCGGUGCCUUUGCCUUCAUCGCUGACCUUUGCGAGAAUGAGAAGCAGAAUACCAUCCGAAUAGCAGUGAUCGACUUCAUCCUUGGAGUGUUUUCUGGAUUGGGAGGACUGUCUUCAGGCUACAUUUUAAAAGCUUUGGGCUUUACCUGGACCUACGUGAUGAUGUCACUGCUUCAGGUGGUCAACAUUUUGUAUGUUAUGUGUUUCUUGGAUGACACGGUCCGGGUAUCUGAGGUUGAGCCAAAGUCUCUGAAAGAAAAGCUCAAGGGAACCUUUUCUGGAGUUUAUGACUUAUUUCGGAAUUCUUCCUGUAGGAAGCGGACUCUGAUCACAUUGCUGCUUUGUACAUUCAUGACUUACUUGUUCACAAUGAUCGGCGCGCUUUCUCUUUACACCAUCUAUGAACUGAACGCCCCGCUCUGCUGGAACGCCAUCUAUAUAGGAUACGGCUCGGCUGCAUCUACUGCUGUCUCUCUGAUUGGCUUUUUAGGAAUCCUUGUCCUUGUCAAGUACCUAAAGGACUUUUACCUUGUUUACCUCGGGAUCUUCUCUUACAUAGGAGGAGCCAUCAUGGCUGCCUUUGCCACCACUACGUUGCUGAUGUUUUUAGUGAGAGUGCCUUCCCUGCUACUUGCUAUGCCCAUUCCUGUCCUUCGAUCCAUGUUGUCCAAAUUAGUUCUUCCUAAUGAACAAGGAGCUAUAUUUGCUUGCAUCGCCUGCUUAGAGGUCGUGAUGGGGACUCUUGGACUUGUCACGUUCAAUAGUCUUUAUGCUGCCACUGUGGGCUGGUUUCCAGGCUUCAGCUUCCUCUUCUCAGCUGGCCUUUGCAUAAUUCCGCUGAUUACGCUGAGCUGGUUUCUGUAUGCCACUUGGCAUGAAUAUCACUUUGCACUACUUAUAAAUGAAGACGACUCCCUUGGGGAGAAUGCUGACAGCUGAACAGAGAAUUUGUCUAAAGGCUAGCCCUCCUCUCCUGUUCUUCUAUCAUGGCCAUACCUGUUGACUCUAUUGGCACAGCUAAAGAAGGAUCUGAUGUGUCCGUUCUUAGAUCUCUACAAGAAUUGACCAUCCCAGGUUUGCUGCUGUCCUUGAUGGUGCAUAGGAUGCUGCGCAAAGCGGUAGCAGAGAAGAGAGUCGUGAAUGGUGCUUUCAGUCUGUUGCUACGCUGGGGUGCGAUUCAAUCACAAACUGGCAAAUUCGCAAUGACAGUUGUUUGGGAGGUCUUGCGCAACAAACAUGCUUUCUCAAAACAUCAGGCUUUUUCUCAGUAAGGAAAGUGAUGGGGAAAUGGACUGGAAAGGAUAGGGUUGCUGGACACAACAUUGUCUAGCAUCUCCACGAACAAAUCAGGGUGAAUGCUCACUAAAUAGCUAAUGUAGCAAACAGAUCAGGAAUGAAUGCUCAGUAAACAGAUUGUCUGGAAGCACCCAAAGCACUGCCUUGGUUGAGCUGUUUCAAAGACAAUAGGCAAUUGGCUGGUGCUGAAACAGGAGUGAUGUCAGAACUGAGAUCAGGCCCUUGAUGUCUUGGUGCACCUGUGCAUGGCUUUUAAUGUUUCAGUGCAAUCAGUAGCAGAUAGUGUGGUGCUGCUGCUCACCUGAACUCAGGUUGAUUGUCGCUCCUGCUUACUGGAAAGGGCAAGGCGUCACCGUGUGUGGACACAUUUCUGUUCUCUCAUCAUUUUGAAAUCCCCUGGCCUUUGAGUUUCGGAAUUCUGUGACUCCUGUAUUAACCAGACUUUCUUGUGUACACCAGUAAGUCUGUGAUGCAUACCUGCUUGCAGGAAGUGGACAGAUGGGCAGCAGCGACGCUACUCCCUCAGCAAGGAAAUGAUGCACUUAUUUUGCAUGCAGUGCAAUCUUAUGUGUGGCUAUUGAGAAAUAAGCUCAUUGGGUUCAGUAGAACUUACCUACAGGGUUGAACUAUUAUACAGUCGCAGCUUGGUUUUCGAACAGAAUGCAUUCCGGAAGCCCGUUCGAUUUCCAAAACAUUUGGAAACCAAGGUGUGGCUUCCAAUUGGCUUCCGAUUGCGCAGGCGCACUGGAAACAAUAGCGGAAGCUGCAUCAGAUGUUCGGCUUCCAAAAAAAGUUCAAAAACUGGAACACUCACUUCUGGGUAUCGAUCGUUCAGGAGCCAAAACGUACAAGUACCAAGGCGUUUGAAAACCAAGGUAUGACUGUAUAUUGAUAUGUAAAUAGAAUUAUCUACUCUUGCAACAGGAAGGUUGUGUUUGUGUUGCAGAGGGACUUAAGAAUCACAGGAUGGGUGAAGUGCUGUCAACAAACCCUGUUUGAGCAAUUGCCUGGAUAAGCUGUGGAGGUCCUACAUAGCUUCUCCAAUUUUUGUGUGACCACAUCUGCAAGCAAGCCCUGUGGCCAGACAAGCUUAAGAAAAUACAGAAACUGAGCCAAUUAUUUUUAAAAUAAUUCUGAACAAACCUGAUUCUUCUUUACACAGAGGACAGGCAGGUGCCUUGAAUGCAAGCAGUCUAUAAUAAUGAUUGGCAAUCUUUGCUUGGAAUCUAAGGUAAGUUAACUUAAGGAACAUAAUGGAAAAAAGGCUCCCAUCUCCUGUUCCACCUCUGUAGCCACCUGAAUCCCUCCCCCUGAAACAAGCCACUCUGGAAGGUUAUGUCUCCCUCCCGAAUCAUGUAGGAUGGGAUGCUAAGGGCUAUUGGGAGAGCUGGAGAAUCAACUGGAAUUGGGCUUGGAUCCUAAGUUAAAGAGGUUUAUGGAAGGAAAGAUUCCAUUCUGUUCUUCCACCCAACAGCUCCCCACACCCUGUCCCCCGUUGUUCCGAAAGGGCCGCCAAACCUCUGCAGAGGCUUUCACGAUGGCAAAGGAGAGGAGAGGAGGGGGCAGCCAAUUCCACGAACUUCCAUAAGUUAACCUACUUCAUGAUGCAUACAAUUGUAUAAAAUGCCACUGUGAUUUAUCUUGCGCUAUUUUACUUAAA